CAACAAGCAGGGGUAAGGGCCUAUCAGGGGGCGGGGCGGGGCUGGUCCGGGCACCACAGCCAGUUUGACGGAAGGAGCGGCGCGGCGGUGGCGGAGUAGAAUGGAGGCGGUGGUGUUCGUCUUCUCUCUCCUUGACUGUUGCGUGCUUAUCUUCCUCUCAGUGUACUUCAUAAUUACAUUGUCUGAUUUAGAAUGUGAUUACAUUAAUGCUAGAUCAUGUUGCUCAAAAUUAAAUAAGUGGGUAAUUCCAGAAUUGGUUGGCCAUACUAUUGUCACUGUAUUAAUGCUCAUUUCAUUGCACUGGUUCAUCUUCCUUCUCAACUUGCCUGUUGCCACUUGGAAUAUAUAUCGGUUCAUUAUGGUGCCAAGUGGUAACAUGGGAGUGUUUGAUCCAACAGAAAUACACAAUCGAGGGCAGCUGAAGUCACACAUGAAAGAAGCCAUGAUCAAGCUUGGUUUCCACCUGCUCUGUUUCUUCAUGUAUCUUUAUAGUAUGAUUUUAGCUUUGAUAAAUGACUGAAGCUGGAGAAGCCGUAGUUGAAGUCAGCCCACACUACAGUGCACAGUUGAGGAGCCAGAGACGACUUAAAUCAUCCUUAGAACCAUGACCAUAGCAGUAUAUUUUUUCCUCUUUGAACAAAAAAUAUUUUUGCUGUAUUUUUACCAUAUAAAGUAUUUAAAAAACAUGAA